GAGCCACGGCACCCCCCCCCCCCACUUGGGUCUCCGCCAGAGAGAACGCAAGGUGUGUGUUUACAUGUCGUAGCUUAGGCCCGCAGGUACGAGCGAGAUGAUCCGAUUCAGAUGAAUAUAUAUAUCAGGAUCAGUGUCCUGUCUACUUGGUCUCAUCAUCUGCCUCCUACAGCUGUUUCCGAGGAAGCCGAAAGAACGAAAAAAACAACCCUCACAACGAGCCUCCUAUUCCGGCUGUUCGACCUCGUUACCAUCCGGCUUCCAAUCGCACAUCUUCACGAUGAAGGGUUACACGAUUUCAUUGCUCUCGGCGUUUGUCGCACUGGCUGUCGCGUCAACCACCGUACGCGUCCCGUCGACGCCGGAGUACGCGCCGAUUUCGACCUCGGGAUACUAUGCGCCAUCGGAGUCCCCCGAACACCCCUCCACAGAACCACCGUAUCCCGACCCUAUAACUCCCACCGACGGGGGCAAUUUCACUGCAGUGGUUGGACCGAAGGGCGGAGUCGAGUUGCGUCUGCCCGUUCAUAGGCUGCAGGCGGACCACCCCGAUGUCUUCAACAUGUUCAUCCUUGCCCUCCAGGCUAUCCAGAACCUGCCCGAGAGUUAUACCCUGAGUUAUUACCAGCUUGCCGGAAUCCAUGGUCGGCCAUGGGUCGCCUGGGAGUACCCGACUCCCUCCACCGGUAACUACCCUUACGGGUAUUGUACGCACGAUUCGGUGAUCUUCGGUACAUGGCAUAGGCCAUACCUCAGUUUGCUCGAGCAGCUCUUGGUCGAGCAUGCGGAGACGAUUGCGGCACAAUUCAAAGGAGACGAUGCGACAAAGUACCAGGCUGCAGCAAAAAAAGUCCGCCUGCCAUACUGGGACUGGGCGUCCGAUGAGACCGGAGGCCGUAUUCCGCAGGUGGUCGCGGCGCCGCGGAUUUCCGUGACUAAGCCCGGCGCCGACGGAGCGGCUGCCGUGGAGGACAUCCGGAAUCCAUUGUACUCUUAUGUGUUCACCAACGACCAGUACCGUGAUACCUACUUCGACGGCACUCCACAAGAACAGUGGACCCAGACGUAUAGGCGACCCGAAGGAAACCCGCCAGUCUCACGUAACGACCUUUCCAGCGAUGCUCUUGCCAGCACUUUCCCUGCCCGCAAGCUCUCCACGUUCCAAUUGUUCUCCAUCGGAACGUUCGGUCGGUUUUCAACCACACGGUACAUGAAUGUCACGUCGCCCAUCGACUUUGCAUCGGUCGAGCAGAUUCACAACACGAUUCACGGUGCCGUUGGCUUCGGUCCUAGUUUCGGUCACAUGUCUUCGGUCCAUGUUGCCGCAUUCGAUCCCAUUUUCUGGCUUCAUCACGCCCAAGUGGAUCGUCUGAUGGCGAUGUACCAAGCCAUCUACCCCGGCCGACUGGUGGAGCCGCUCGUGCGCACGGAACUCAACUACGCAUAUCCCCAGCCAGCUGGAAUCGAGGAUCUGAACACAAAACUAUACCCCUUCCGUCAUCCCAACGGCGAGGAAUGGACCUCGUGGGACGUCAGUUACGCCGACUCGACCUGGAAGUACGGCUAUGCUUACCCGGAGGUACCGGCCGAGUACUCCGGCAAGCCAGCGGCGGAACUUACUGCUUUCACCGCCGCGGCGAUGCAGAAGCUUUACGCGCCCUCGGGCCAGAGCUUCGUCCCGUCCCCUAAUAACGGCACUACCACCAGGAUCGAAUAUCUCGCCCAUGUCACCUUCGAUGAGUCGCAGAUCGACGGAACGUUCAGUGUCUUGCUGUAUGCUGGCGAGAUGCCUGAAGGAAACAGCCUGGUCGACCACGAGAACCUGGUCGGUGGAGUCACUUCGUUCACGGGCGGCGUACAGAACCACCGCAGUGUCAUCUCGGGCACGGUUCCGUUAACACAGGCAUUGAUCGACAAGAACAUCUCCGGCAAUGGGACGGCAUGUGUGGACUAUCUCGAGACGCACCUUGAAUGGAGGGUCCUGAGGGGCGCCACCGAAAUCAGCUUCGACAAGCUCCCCUCGCUGCAAGUCGGCGUUUCCGGCAGCGUAGUGACCUACUACGACGACCCGACGAAGCUGCCAACCUACGGAGACUGGAAAGUGCACUAUGGCGUGACGCACGGCAAGACGGGAGGACUCCGGACCGGCCAUCACCACGAGUACUCGUACAACGGCCCCAGCUCCACCACCACCGAUAAACCGGAAAAGAAGGUGCGCAGGAGCUUUUCAUCCUAGACGAAGCAUACACCACAUAAUUCUCGUAAUGUUUUUCUUUUGGUUCUCAGGGUACAUUGUGGGCUGGGCGCGGCGGGGGGUUUUCUUGCUGCAUUUUCUAGGGAUUUUUUUCUUGGUUUUCUUUCUUUCUUUGUUUCUUGGGUUUAGCAUUUCAGGGGCCGGACACAGUUACGCAACAACAGGUUGCGAUGAUGUUUACGAGUAUGUACCGACCUUAAUAUGGGGGCGGCGGGGGGAGGAGGGGCAGCGGGG